AUGGAUUCAGAUCUAAUAGCUAAGCUACAGAAAUUCGAUAUUUCUGCCAAAGAAGAAUCGGGGGUUACUCUGUCUGAAGACGAUAUAGUGGUUGGGAUCCAAGAAUGUUCCAGAAGCUUAAUCGGCAAAAUCUAUGGUGAAAAGAAGGCUAACCUUAUGGGCCUGAAGGAUACUCUUAGGAGCAUCUGGAAAACGCAACACCCAUUCACUACCCGUCUAGUAGGCCAGAACACCUUUCAAUUUGUCUUUCAGUCUGAAGAAGAGAAGCAAAAAAUUUUAACAGGCAAAUCUUGGAGCUUCGACCGGCAGUACAUUCUGCUGAAGGAAUGGACAAAUGUAAGCAUUCAGUGGGCAGACGAAGAACAUGUAGAUCUAUGGGUCCAAAUCCAUGGGUUGCCCUUGCACUGGAUCUCGGCGGACACGGGAAUUAAAAUUGGCAAAAUCUUCCACUGGAGUAGAGCCUUUACCCAGGCAGAUGGAGACUCAACUAAAACCACCAGUCCAGGACACACCAAUCACAACUCCUAUUCCACCCCCAGAUAA